CUUUGUUUUCACAACCCUCAGCGGAAGCAAAACUUAAUACGGAAUAUAUAUAAAAUUUGAUUCGAUUUGAUAAUCGUCAGCAUGCAAACUCCGGAGGAGCAAAUAUUUACCUGCGGCUUUGAGGUAUUUGGCGAGGUGCAGGGCGUGCGAAUGCGCAAAGCAACCCGCUCGCUGGCUCUGUCGAACGGGGUGCGCGGCUGGGUGAUGAACACGGAUCGCGGGACUGUGACCGGCGAGUUGGAGGGCACACUUCCAAAGGUGAACGAGCUGAAGUUCUGGCUGCUCUGCUUUGGCAGCGAGAAGGCGGUCAUCGAGCGGGCCGAGUUCUCGCCCACGAAGGAGGUACCAGUGCACAGUUUCGAUAGCUUUACCAUACGCUAUCAUCCAGAUCGGCGGGAGGAGCCCCAGCUCAUCUAGAUUGCGGAGAGCGGGGGCGGCCAGAGGUCGGACGUACGUAUCUCGAAAAGUUUUGGCGUUGACAAAAUUAAUUGAUUGUUGAUCGUUUCUGUGUGUGUUGUACAUGAAAUAAACCUGGUUCAGAUCCCGAGCAACUGGGCCCCAUCUCGAA